AUGGUUGUUGUUGUUUGUUGUCCUCAUUAUUAUUAUUACUAAUACUUAUUUUCACCUAAAAUCACGGAAAUUAUUCUCAAUCUCUAGGUCAUCUCCCUAUUUCUGUCAUUUCUAUGAAUUCUAUAAUUCACAAUUUCUGUGUAUGUUUGACUACUUUGGGAAGUGGCUUUACAACAAACUUUAUCACAACUAAAUACCAACAUCUUUUUUUGUUGGUCUUCAUUUAAAACAAAAAAGGAACAUCAAUAAGCAUGUGCAGACACAGUGUAAACUGUGUGCUGGACCAAAAGAAGAUCAUAUAUAAAAUCAUAUUUUCAUUGCACCCUUGGGAAAUCCAUUUAGUCAAUUAAAGUCAAUUUACUUAUCCCUAUACCCAAAUCAGCAUAAGUAAAAAUAUGCAAAUGUUCCUGAUGCCACUGUAAAUAAAACAGAUAAUAUAUCGUCUUUUGGACCACGUUGACUUCAGUAGAACCAGAAUAUACAUUCAUUAAGUCUUCGAUCUACGUCAUGAAGCAAUGAGCAGUCUUAUAUCGUGCAGGACAUUUACACAGAAAAGACAAGAAAUGAUGACACAAACUACGGAAAAGAGUGGGGCUAGAGGACAACGUAUAUGUGUAUAUGUAUAUGUAUAUGUUUAUGUGUAUGUGUAUAUGUAAAUGUAAAUGUAUAUGUUUAUGUGUGUAAUGUAUAUGUGGACACAGUGCACAAGGGAGGAAGUAGGUAUUUAGUUUUUCAAGGACGACUGGACUGGACUGAGCAUGCCGAGAGAGGCUGAAACCUGAGGGUGGCAGUAAUGCAACAUUGUGAAUGCUUACUGCCGUAAAACAUCAUAGAAGAAGAAGAAGAAGAAGAAGAAGAAUAUGUUUCCAUAGCGACCAUCAAUGGUGGAGGCGAAUGGCCACCUAGCUCAGAUACAACGACAGGAAACAACUCCAUCAUCGGGCCUAGAAACACCAUAUGAUGCAUUUGCUAAAUCAGAUAUUUCAGAAGUUUAAUCUCUAGUUACAGGCUGACCUGCAGUUAACAACCAGCGACACCAAGUUUUAGCUCUUUGCUAACGUUAGCAUCUAGCCACAAGCUAGCCAGGGUAUCUAUUGUAAACUCUGGGGUCAGGGUUUGUAGUCUAGUCGUGUCAGAUGUAUUCAGCGUUAUAUACCGUUGGCUAAAUCCAAAUGUGUCUCGGAGGACUUGGCGGUCUGGUCAGCACAACUACGACGCCCUCGAUCCUUAUCUAAGUCUAACACAAACGGAUACGCAGAGUCAGUAGCUUAAGGUUGACUGUAAAUAACUCCGCAUCCUCUCUCCUUUGCUGCUAGAGGAGGAACCAGUGCAUAUUCUGCUUCACGGGGCUUUUAAAAUGUCCUUCAGAGACUUAAGAAAUUUCACGGAAAUGAUGAGGGCCUUGGGCUAUCAUCGGUUGAUAUCCAUGGAAAACUUCAGAACACCAAACUUCACUUUAGUGGCAGAAAUCCUAAUAUGGCUUGUGAAGAGAUAUGAGCCUCAGAUGGAUAUUCCCACUGAUGUUGAUACAGAGUCAGACAGAAUAUUCUUCAUCAAGGCUGUGGCCCAGUUUAUGGCAACAAAGGCUCACAUCAAGUUGAACACCAAGCGCCUCUACCAGGCUGAUGGCUACGCAGUGAAAGAGAUGCUGAAGAUCACUUCAGUGCUGUACAGCGCUAUGAAGACCAAGCAGAUGGCGCUGGGAGACAGAACCGAGGAGGACAACAGCAAGUUGAAGUUCGACCUCGGCUCUCGGAUUUCCGAUCUCAAAGCAGCUCGGCAGCUGGCAUCUGAGGUCACAUCUAAAGGAGCAUCUCUGUAUGAUUUACUGGGAAAAGAAGUGGACCUAAGGGAAAUGAGAACUGCGUCCAUCGCCAGACCUCUGGAGAUCAAUGAGACUGAUAAGGCCCUGAGAGCUGCCAUCAAGGAGGUUUUGGAAAGUGUGGAGAAGACGAAAGACAUGCUGAGCAACGUUGUUUCUGAUGAAACCAGUCUGGAUGCUAAGAUAGAAAAGAAGAAGCAGGAGCAGGAGAGGAAUCGGAAGAGGCUCCAGACACUGCAGAGUGUCAGGCCGGCCUUCAUGGAUGAAUAUGAAAAGAUUGAGGAAGAUCUGCAGAAGCAAUAUGAAACCUAUGUGGAGAAGUUCAGGAACCUCUGCUUCCUGGAGUCUCAGCUGGAUGAAUACCAUAAAAUGGAGCAGGAGAGGUUUGAGGAGGCUGAAAACACACUCAGGAUGAUGCAGGACGUACUGAGGGAGGAGGAGGAGAGGGAUCUGACGAGGAGCUCCUUGAAAGAUGAGGAUUCUGACAUGGACGUUCCAGAGGACGACGGUUCAGACAGCGACAUGGAAGAGUGUCGACCUUCUAAGCCACGGCCCGCACGAAACGGCGUCAUGGCAGGAAGAGGAGCUCGAUUCAUCGGGAACAUGCAGGGCGGGGAUAGUGAUGAGGUUAGUUUUGUCAAAGCAAAAUCAAUACAAUAUUCCUUGUUUCACCAUCUUAAGUUAAACCUUAUGUGGCGAGCAUCUUUUUAUUUUGAAGAUGUUUUUGCUGAGUUUUCUCCCAGUGGCCCUAGAUGGCAUUCUCUGUGCUGUCUCUCCUUCAUUUUUAGCCGACUACCCUGUGCACCACCAGCUCUGAUCAAUUUCAAAUCCCCUUUGGGUUUAAAUCUUGUACUCUGUUCCAUCUCUUACCUUUUGACUUUCAUCCACUUGUAUUUUAAAAGCCCUCUUUAGCUGUGUCCAGAAAGUCAGUCCCUCGUGCCAAAAAACAACGGAAAGGAAAGGUUUGUGCAGGACUGGGAUCUAGUUCACUCCUUGUUCCUCUGUGUUUCUAAAGGAAAAAUCUAUUCUCAAAUUUUCUAUAGUUUUUGAACAUAGGUGCAGAUGUUUUUAACAGUUGGAAUAGAUUUUUCCUUUAAAUGAGGUCAAUUGUUUAUCUGGUCUGUGUAGUUAUCUAGCUCCAGGUGGACAUGUCCCAGUUCAAUGAUUUUCAUCAAAUCAGUUCUGGACUGGCCGUGUUCUCAUUACAGCCCAAGAGUUGAUUCCAUGAUUAGAUCCGUUUUCGUGAGACGGUAGCUGGUUCAAUGUUUAGUUAGAAUGAGAAUGUGUCCAUCCCCGUUGUAGUUCCACAUUGUGUGUUGAAUAAUUGUCCAGUAAUCAGUGACUGGACUCUGAACACUGAAAUAGUUAUUAUGUGGACCUGCCUGCCUGCUGUUUCAGACUGAAGACAGCGAGAUUGAUGUGGAUGAGGAUGAUGAGGAAGAUGAAGGCGAGGAGGAGGAGAGCAAAGAUUUGGAGGAUGACAG